AAGAAAGUCGAUAAAAAUGCUCCUUUUGUUUUGAGCGCGCACACAUACACACGCUCUCCCCCGGCAGCUCGUGCAGUCUCCUCGCAUCUUUGCGUUAUUAUUCCCCCACGUAUCGCCUCGCGGUAAUGUGCCGUCACACGGUCGCGAGCUGGUAGCACCUUGGGAGCUCUUCUCAUCAGGAACCCGCACUGGAGAAGAUACACCGGGAUGGUAUCACGCUGUUGGUAACCAGCUCCAGUUCCACAAAGGCCGGUGUAACCUCACUCUCUUCUCCUGAACACUGACAACCGUCCCUCAGCCAUGGCGAACAUAAACAAUGCGCUUUGCAUUGAAAACGCAGAUAUUUCUCUCUUACAAAAGGAUAAUCUCCAGGAUGUUGGAUUAAGCCAGCUUUUGGAUUAUAACGCUGAAAUGGAAAGGUACAGGUCUUUUGCAAACUUUUAUAAAACCAAUGGGGCAUUUCCACAGACUGCUAAGAUUGCCCGCAUCACAACGCCCAUUUUUCCCAGUGCCAGAAUUGGCAUGUCCCCUUGGAACUGCGAUAACGCCAUGCUCUGGGGAAGGAAAUCAGCGGCAAUAAACCCUAAUAGGACCAGCAUGCAUAGAAAUGACUCCCAGAGGCCGGGGAAGCCUGGCGUGCCAGAGACGCUGCAAAUGGCAAAUAAUAAUUUCCUCUCUACCUUAUCCCCCGAACACUGCAGAACUUUAGGGGGAGAAUGCAUGAACAAGCUGAAAUGCAGCGCUGCUGAAGCAGAGAUAAUGAAUCUCCAAGAACGCGUUGGAACUUUUUCCGCUAUCCCCGGUUUAGGGGGCAUCUCAUACCUCCCGGGGUUCAUCGUCAUGACAGCCCUUCACUCCCCAGCCUCAGCAGCCGUUACAGACAGUGCGUUUCAAAUUGCCAAUCUGGCAGACUGCCCACAGAAUAAUUCCUCGGUAUCCAGUGGAAACCCAGCGAAGAAGAAAAGGAAAAGGUGUGGGGUCUGUGCACCCUGCAGGCGGCUAAUCAACUGUGGUGUCUGCAGCAGUUGUCGGAACCGCAAAACGGGCCACCAGAUCUGCAAAUUUAGGAAAUGUGAGGAGCUGAAGAAGAAGCCAGGCUCGUCGCUGGAGAGGACGCCGGUCAGCAGCGGAGAAGCUUUUCGGUGGUUCUUUUAGAGAGACGGGCCAUGGCUGCCCUUAUCCAGCUGCAGGAGGGCAGGUGGGACCCUUGAUUCUCUGCCAGGAGCGCCUGAUGGGUCUAAAGAGCCCAAAACGCCCAACACAUUUCAAGGAGGACGAGCGAUGAAAAGUGGACUGACGAAAAGAUAAACAGAAAACAUAAUGGUGUUGUUUUAACUAUGUAAUUUCCUUUUUCUGUGUAAUUAUUGUACCUUUUGACAGUAUCAUAAUGUAUAUUUUCGGUGUCUAUGAAUGUGUUUUCAGUGUUGUGGCUGUAUGUUUACAGCCAAUCCUAUGUAAAGGACUCAAACAGACAAUCAUACAAUCAUACUGAUUCCGUCAAAAACUGAAGAGGCCACAAGGAUUGAUGAUAAUACAACACACUUAACUCUGGAGCAAUAAUCUAUUCUGUUGAUUAUUCCUCAACCUUUCAUUUCUGUUGAAUUCUUUUUAUCAGACUGAAUCAUCUGAUAGUUUUGUCUUUUAUUUCUCUGAAACCGGUCAUUUUGAAUGCCACGCUAAUGUAAAGAACGUCGCCGGCUGGAACGAUGAGACGAAGGACGGCAGCUGUGCUUCUGUCAGAAACUUGUAGACGUGUUUUCCCAUUUGAGCGGACUCACUGCAGAACAACAGGGCACAUUGUCUUGUGUGGUGAGAUGCAUUUCUUUACAAUCCAAUUGAGCAUCAAUUGAUUGCGACGGCUCCAGACAUUUAUGAGUCACGCUGCUGUCUGGAGGUCAUAUUCUCAAGUACUUGUUUUUUUAACCAAACUUUGUCGGCCAUCAAACCUUUUUUUCUUUCUUUCACUUAAGGUUGUAACUGUCUAAAAGGUAGAGAGUAAUGCCAGUAAAGGAAUUGUAUGUUAUGUUUAAAAACCUUCAAUUAGACUUAAUUACAGUACUCUAUACAUAUUGGACAUAUCAGAUGUUGUUCUGGAGCAAAGGGGUAGACUGGACUUUUCUCCUGCAGAGUAAACACAUUCCAAAAACAAAAUUAUUCAAUAAGUUACUCAUUGUCUUAAACCCUAUUGUUGCAUGUGUAAAUGUGUUUUGGUUUUAAAGACUACUAAGAAUUUGUAUAUUGUUGUUGUGA